CGCUGGGUGUGGGGCCUCUGUGGUGGUCCUGAUGUGCCCCAUGCCGCAUUGUCUGUAUCUACAGUCAACACAGAGAGCCGCGGCGUGGGGAUAAAGCAGAGUCAGCUCUCUGUGAGCUCCCACGUUGUACAAGAGGAUGAAUUUUUAAAAGCCGUGCGAAACAGCGAAUCAUUGCGCUUGACAUUUACUCUACAUUUAACAGAAAGUACAUCCGUCGAAUGGGAAACAGUGGUAUGGCGCCAUUGUCUUUACAUACGCGUUCCAAGCUGUCUUUUGCCUGAAGGUUCAAAAGAAGGCUUCGUGUCGCUCCUGGAAUACGCCGAGGAAACGCUGCGAUGUACAAACAUCAUCGUUUGCCUGCGUAAGGACAGAGCGGAUCGAGCUAUGCUGGUUCGUACCUUCAUGUUUUUGGGAUUCAGUGUUCUACCGCCAACUCACUCCUUGGUACCACCAGGCAGUGACGCUGGCAAUCUCUACAUGCUCUAUGCCAUCGAGUAAAUAACCAGAAGCUCGACUUCUCUGAAAUUUAACGCACAGGAAUGAAAAACUUGUAAAAAAUAUUCAACCACAGGCAAGGCAAAAAAAUUACAAGAUAUAGAACCAUACAUUGGAAAUGAAGUUAAAAUUCAUAGAAUAGUGAUAUCAGUUCUGAUUCCGCCAUAAUCAGUGACAAACGCAAGCAAAUGACAAAAAA